AUGGAUAAUUGUUUUUCCUCGUAUUAUAGUUCAUGGGGUUCACAGAAUAUAAUGCUCUCUAGCUUGUUAAAGUUUAAAACUAUUGAAAAUGUAAUAAAACAAAAAACUAGAUCCUUAAUUAACGAGGAUCAUAAAAAUAAUUUUAGAAAUGUAUGCUUUGAUUUGGCUAAUUAUCUAAUUGAGAACAAAAAUCCACCACGAUAUUAUGAACUAUAUAGAAUAGCGUGGAAAGGAACACUGUAUAACAGGUUAAAAGAUUACUAUAAAAAGCUUGAUAAACAUGGAGGAUGCCCUUUGAUUUUAGAGGAAAAAGAUAAAAAAAUUUUAGAAUUAAAGUAUGAAGAAGCAGAUUUCUGUGAAAACAAAAAUGAAUACCUAGAUGAAAUACAACGAUUAAAAGGGGAACUACCAAUUAAUUCUGAUAAGUAUUCAUGUAGAUGUAAUGAAUAUAAUGAAUGGAUUGAACAAAAGAAAAAGUAUUUUGAGGAAAGAUCAAGCCUUUUUGGAAUAUGCUACCAAAAAACAGACCAAAAAAAAAAAAAAAAACCUUCAGAAUUUAUAUGCGAUCUAACGAAUCCAAAUACCUUCGAACAAAUAUCUGAUUGCCAAGUCCCAUAUAAAUUAUCAACGCGUGAAGCUGCAUCUGAUAAUUCAGAAGAAGUUUCACAAACAAAAGGGCAAGAGAAACAUGAAGAUCCAAUUAAAUCACAAGAAUCACCGAAACGAGAUAAACAAGCUCAACCUACAGAGAGAACUGGAACUACAGUAAUAGAUCAAAAUUCAGAUCAUAAUCAAAAUAGACAAAAACCUCAACAAGAACUGGAUCCUCCAUUUCAAUCCGAACUACAAACACAGGAAGAUGUAUCAUCAUUUGAGUCUUCACCUAAAAAAAAUGAACCUAAUCCUGAAGAUUCUUUACGUUCAGAAACACUAUCAAUUAUUGCACACCCUGAUUUAUCUGUAGCUGUAACAGAUAAAUCUGCAUCAUUUUCCCCAGCUCCAUUAGCCACAAAAUCAGAAAAUUCUUUCGAAAUAUCUUUAUCUUCUCCUACAUUAUCAACCUCCCUCUCAAGUACUUUAAGUUCAACUGUGCCCUCUGAAAUUUCAGGUAACAUACCUUCAUCCCGUACCAGAAGAAGUGAACAUCUAGCACAGGGUUAUUUAGAACACCCCAAAUAUGGUGAUGAAGAAAUCAUAAAAAAAAUAAAAAUACAUGAAUGUAACAUGAUCAAGAAGGUAAAUACGUUAAAUCAAAAAAAUGAAAGGACUAAAACUAUCAUAGAAGUACAUUUGGAAGUACUUGAAGCGUACAGAAAAGAAGAAUGGGAAUGCAAAAAAGGAGAAUUUUUAGAAAUAUGCCUAGAUGUAUUGACAAAAGAAAGAUAUGGAACUCAUUCUAAUUUAACAAAUGAUGAUCUAAUAAUGAAAAACGUUAAAAGUUGCGGUCAUAUUGAAAAACAAAAAAUCUUAUGGAACAAGUGGAUAGAAAGACAUAAAAAUAUUUCUGAUAAAUUUAAAAAAGUGGACUGGUUUAAUAAUUUGAAAAAUGAAUGGAAAAAAGAAAAAUCCUACAUAAAAGAAAUGGAAGAAUUAAAAAAUAAGUCAUCGAAUGAAUAUCAAAAUAUUCUGUUCUUGCAAAGAGAGAAAGAUGUAUGGAGGAGGUGGAUAUCAGAAAAGGGAAAGAUUCUAAAACAAUAUAUUGAUCAAAACUGGUUUAAAAAAUUAUCAGAGCUUAACCAGAAUAUGUUAGAUGAAUACAAAAAUGAAGAAAAAGCAAAUUAUGUGUCACUAAUAAAUAUAGAAGAAUUGGAACACGGAAAAAAUUAUGAAGAAUUAUAUAAAUAUAUAAAAUCAAAAUUACUAUCAAAACUUUGUAUAUUAGUACUUAUGACAAUAUUAGAAGAAUGCAAAAAAGAAGAGUAUAUAGAAGAUAGAGAAUUACAUUUAGAUAAUUCCAUAAAUGAAAGGAAAACUAAAAAAAAUUCAGAAAAAAUACCAGAACUUUCAGAUAAAUUUAUUGAAAAGUAUAGUAACGUUUAUGAAAAUAGCAAAAAUAGCAAUAUUCAUAAUAAUAUAGAGGAGAACUUCUUUAGGGAAGAGAUGAAUGAUUGGAUAGGAGAAGAAGUAACAUAUGUAAAUUCCAUAGAAAGUGUGAGUAAUAUUGACAAAUAUUAUAACAGUUCAACCUAG